GCAUAGUCAGACUGUGAUCAAACCUGAGUGUCCAACACGCACUCGCUAUUUGUGGGAGGGGUACUCUUUUCUCAGCAUGUCGGGCUCCGAGAGAGCUCAGGUGAAUGAUCUGGCAAGUCCUGGAUCUUGCCUGAGAUUCUUCAACCCGAUUCCUUUCAUGUUCUGUGAAAAACAAGAGAACUGCUUCUACGCUCAGCGAAACGACCGAACAUACUGGCUCAGCACGGACGACCAACCCAUGAUGUGGAAUGCAGUAACUGUGAACGACACUGAACGCUACAUCAGUCGUUGUGUUGUCUGUGAAGCUCCGAGCAGAAGCUGA